AUGACUGAUUUGCAAAGGGUGACACGAGCACAGGUGGCAGAGCACAAUACUAGUAAUAGUACAUGGAUCUGCAUCGAAAACCAACACCCAGGUGGUAGUGAAGUUUUGCUGAAGCUAGCUGGUCUUGAUGCUACGGAAGAGUACGAAGAUAUUGGACAUUCAACAGAUGCUCGACUUCUAAAGGAGAAAUAUUUGGUGGCCGAAGUAGUUGAUGAAGAAAAGAUGACAUAUUCACAUGAUAGGGAUAAAUGGUUCGAGAAAGAAACUGAUGUAGGUGAAAACAAAAGGUAG